CCUACGCGAUGUUUCCGAGGGUCUCGGCUCUCCUCCCUCUUCGCCCGCUUUCCCGCCUCCCUUUGUGCUCCGCAGGCCCAGAGGUAUCGGCGGCCGCCGUCGUGCUACUCGCUUCUCCGCGUGGGACUGUCAGGACAAAAAAUAAUAUCCAAAGAUAUUUUGGCACUAACGGCGUGAUCUAUAGCAAGAAAGAUGAGCAUUCUGUUCCAACCCGUGAGAUUUCCAAGGAGACAGAGAGCCAACACAGUGUAAAGGAGAAUACGAAAAAAGACUUGGUAAAUAUUCUUAAGGGAAUGAAAGUUGAAUUAAGCACAGUAAAUGUACAAACAAAGCCACCCAACAGAAGACAACUUAAAAGUUUGGCGGCUUCAACUGUCAGACCUCAGAAUGCUCCAGAAGAUGCCCCCCAAAAGAGAAGUGAGUCCCUGAGCCCGGAGUUGGUGGCGGCGGCCUCCGCGGUUGCAGACUCUCUCCCUUUGGACAAGCAGAUAACCAAGUCGGAGCUGCUCAGGCAGCUCCAGCAGCACGAGGAAGGCUCGAGGGCACAGAAGGAUGGAGCGAGACCUAAAAUUAGUUUCACUGACAUCAUAUCAGAUAUGAAAGUUGCCAGAUCUGCCACAGCGAGAGUUAGCACAAGACCAGUGCAUCAGAUUCAGUUUGAUGAAGGGACUGAUGAUUUUGUUGGCCAAGAGAAGCCUGCUGAUCUGAGAAGUUUUAGGAAAAAUAUAUUCAAGGGGAAGAGGCUUAAUAUUUUUGAGCUUAAGGCAGUUACUGAAGAGGCACCUGAAACAGAGGCAGCACCUUCUCUUUGGGAUAUAGAAUUUGCUAAGAAGUUAGCGGCAGUCAAUAAACAGCCCUUUCAGAAUGGUUUUGAAGAGAUGAUCCAGUUGACAAAAGAGGGGAAAUUGUGGGAGUUCCCAAUUAACAAUGAAGCAGGUUUUGAUGAUGAUGGUUCAGAAUUUCAUGAACAUAUAUUUCUGGAUAAAUACCUGGAGGAUUUUCCAAAACAAGGACCAGUUCGCCACUUCAUGGAGUUGGUGACCUGUGGCCUUUCCAAAAACCCAUAUCUGAGUGUUAAACAGAAGGUUGAACAUAUAGAGUGGUUUAGGAAUUAUUUUAAUGAAAAACGGGACAUUCUGAAAGAAAGUGGCAUACAGUUCAACUGAAGAUCAUGGAAAUUUUUACUUCAAGCUGUUGGAGAU